GCGGACCACGAGCGGGUUGUCACGCGGGCGUCGCUCGCGCUGCCCUCGCUGAUCGCCACCUUCACGGAUGAUGGCGACCACUAUGCCGAGGGCCUGAGCCAGCAGAACGGCGACAUAGCCGAGGCGAGGUGGAUCGCACUGCCUGGAGACACCCCCCCAGGGGAGAACGCGGGAAGGAUCCGCAGGUUCCAGUGCCCGCCUAACGAGGCCACGAUGGAGCAGCUGGAGCGGGGAAUCACGAUAUUCGGUGACUGCGCGGUGGUCGCACUGCCCGCGGGGACCGUCUCGGGCCGCCUCGUGGCUCGGCGGGGCCUGGAGAGCUACGCCGUGGACGACGCGGGGGGCGUGCACUUCAAGUUGAACAACGAGGGCGCGCGGAAGAAACCCUUCGCCGACGCCGUCGAUCAGCAGGUCAGCGACGAGCCCGAAGGCGGCGCGCUGGCGCAGGGCCCGCGCGCGGCGCUCCCCCUGGUUCGCUCCUGGCGCGACUCGGGGCUCACGGCUGUCACUCACCACGAGAGUUGGGUCCGAGCAGCGAGGGUCCCCGGCGGGGGCCGCUCGGUCCAUGAGCACGAGAUGAUCGUUCGGGUCUUGGAGGCGAUGUUGACCGUGGACCAGGUGAACAUAGGGGCUUCUGAGCGCAUGCGCCGCAGGCUGGCGCGCCGCCGCCGUCUCCAGAUCCAGUGCAAUGAGGUGAUUGACGGCAUCAACUUGCCGCGCCCUCCGUUGCCGCGGCAUGGACUUGCCAACGCAGACCAGAGGGAGGCCCAUCGGGCCAUGUUUUCCCAGGUGAAGGCUGCCCCACAAGCCAGCACCGUGCACGCCCGCCGCGAGGCCUCUCGUGAGCUUCUGGCUACCAACCUCUACACAGGCGAGGAGGCUAAGAAUCCGGUCGCGCAGCAUGACAGAUCCCGAGUAGACCUUCCAAGAGCGGGAUCGCCAGCGCCACGGGUCGAGGCUGUGAUCGACCCAAUCGGGAGGGAGUAUCUGCGUCACUACGAGGCGCACAUGCUGCGCCCUGCUGAUGAGCUCGAGACCGAGCCCCCCAUCACCCCGUGCAUGGGCGAGUACCUGCGGAAGCACGAGGACGCCUACGUCUUGUUCGUGAGUGACCUUGUGGCCGCGGACAUGGUGUCCUUCACCUUCACCCCAAAGGACAUGGUGACGCCGUUCUUUGCAUCGAAAACGAAUGGCCGGCAGCGCCUGGCGCGGGGCGCCCGCAUCCCCAACGGGCGUUUCAAGCACGCGCCGCCGCAGUGCAUGGGCACCCCGGCGGCCUACGGGAGGAUCAGCCUGGGGUGCGACGUCGAGGACAACGGCAGUUUCACAGAGACGUUGUACUGCGCCCAGGCGGAUAUCCGCAACUACUUCUACGCGCUGGGGCUGAGGGAGGACCUCGGGCUUCUCUUCUCGAUCCCGCCGGUGCCGGAGGCUGUGUCGUCGCAGUGGGGGUGUAGGGCGGUGGACUCGCCUCUGGCGGAGCGCGGGGGUUGGGUCUGGCCCUUCCUGUCCGUGGUCCCGAUGGGGUGGAACUGGGCGUUCUGGCUGGGGCAGCACUGCAACGUCUUUCGAUGUCUGCAGGCCGCCUCGGUCGGUCCUGAGCGUCUGCUCACGGACCAUGUUCCACUCCCGCCACUGGAGGGGGGCCUGCCGCGUCUGCUUCCUCAUUGUGAUAACAUUAACGCGGCCGGGGCCGACCCGCAGCAGUGUGACCGCAUGUUGGAUGACAGAAUCUCUAGUUCGAGCUCUUUCGGCGUCGAGAUUCACGAGGUCGCAAGAGCCUCAGCCACUUUCUCCAGCCUGGGCCGCCUGGUUGACGGCGCACAGGGGAUGGUCUUCUCACGCCCAGAGCGCACGGAGAGCCCCACGGCGGUGGCCAGCGACGCUUGCCUCGGCGGGAUCUCCGCGGCCAACUUCAGGGGCGAGUGCUUCGCAGGGCUGGAUGUCUUCUGGGACGUCGGCGCGGUCUUGGGUUGCAAUGGCCCCAGCCACAAGGAGGACCCCUGGGGGCCCGAUCCAGACUUCGACGGGGCCCCGCACAGCGUGCUCAGCGCGGGGGCCUGGACCGAAGUGUUCGCGUUCCCGUCCCACGCAUCGGAAAGCGCAUUGGAGGGGAGGGCCAGUAACGCGGCCUCUAGGCACAUCCUGCGGCCCACGAGGGCCUUCAACAAGCGUCAUCUGAAGCUGGGUGACAAUCGGGGCACCGUCUUGGCUCUGUCUCGGGGCUGGUGCUCUGCUUUCGGUCUGCCCCCGCGCUGCCGCCGAGAGGCAGCGCAUUCCGUCGCAGACAAUGUUCGGUUCGAGAACCGCUGGAUCCCUUCGGAGUUCAAUCGCUCGGACAAGGAAGGGCUCACGGCGGUGGGGGCGCGGCCAUGGAGACCUCUGGCCUGCGCCGAGCGCCCGCGCGGAGAGCAGACUCAGAAGGCCCACGCGGAGUGCUCGGCAGAGCUCAGGCAGGUCGCCGCAACCAACGGCCUCUCCCUGAGGUCACCAGCGGCCGACGACCUGGCGCCGACGAGCUACGCCAACUUCGCUCGGGGCAAGGGGCUCGACAAGGGCGCGGCCCAGCGGGCGCGCGCGGCCUGCGUCGCGGAGUGCCACGGCUUUUCCCGACGCGGCGGGCUUCGCUUCGCCUGCCGCGGCCGUCGCGGGCGGGCGCUGCAGGGGCGGGAGAGGCUCGGCCCAGGUUUCACCCGUCCGCCGAGUCCAUGGGCGCUGGUUGCUCUGAGCACCGAGAUCCUGAUCACGAGGCUCAAGCAGCCCAUAGCGGCGCUGGCGGUGCUCACUAUGUUCCCGGCGCGCCGUCGCCCGGCCGAGGCGGAGGGGCUCCUGGAGCAGGACUCGGCGCCGCCAACGACGUCGUCGCCGCGCCUCGCCGCGGACCUGCGCCCCAGCGAGUGCGGCGAGGUGGGCAAGGUCAAGCUCUCCGACGAGUCGCCCCUGAUGAGCAUGAAGGCGGGGCUGCUCGAGCCGCCGCUCUUCGGACUCACGGCGCGCCUGCUCCUCGACGCCUGGAGCGACGCGCUCGGGGCCCUCGGCUUCCCCAACAGGUUCGCGCUCGUCAGGCGCUACGAGGCAUACGCCCUGGCGCAGCAGCACGAGGCCUCGCCUCCCGUCGCGCUGCUCAGGCGGGCCCGAGAGGUCCCAGGCAAGCUCGAGGGCCUGGCGUUGACGUGCCUAGGGAAGCGAGGGUGGCGCAAGCGGCCUGCAGGAGGCCUGCUCAUGCGCGGCCCCGCCAACCUCGCAGCAGCACUCGACCAGUGUGGGCUAGCCGGUGAAGGGUGGGACUACAUCGACGGGGCUGCGGCCGACCUCGAGAGCCGCGCCGUGAUCGAGGGCUUCCGCGAGCGCAUCCGCCAGAGAGCUGCGCGGUCUGCACUUCGGCCUAGAUUGUAA